UUUAUGGCAGAAGGGGAAGCCCUUAUACGGACGUCCUUACAUCGACGUUUUGUUCCACCUUCCUCAUAAAAGGUCAGAUAAACAAUGAGUCGAUCUCCAUGACAACGCUGAUGGAGCAGUUUUUAUUCUGGAGGGUCCAGCCUUGGUGGUUCUCAGAGGACAAAGUCUUCAUCUACCAACAGACGCCAACCGCAUUGACUGCAGUUUGUCUUCAGUAGAGUUCCUCAAGUCUUUCGUCUCUUCUCGACUCGCCCGAGUUUGGUUAAAAUCAUGUCGACGGCCAUAGAGUCGACCGGCUUCGUCAUGUGCAUCAUCAGCUGGCUGGUCACCGGGGCGUCGCUGGCCAACGACUACUGGAAGAUCUCCACCGUGUCGGGCAGUGUCAUCAUCUCCCAGAGGCAGUUUGAGAACUUGUGGCAUUCGUGCGCUGAGAACAGCGCUGGCAUCGCCGAGUGUCGAGACUUCGAGUCGCUGCUCUCUCUGCCUGGGCAUGUGCAGGCGUGUCGGGCGCUGAUGAUUGUGUCCUUACUGAUGGGCCUGGCAUCCAUGAUCGUCUCCCUGCUGGGACUCAAGUGCAUCAGGAUUGGCUCAACCAGCGAUGCCUCAAAGGCCAAGAUCGCCGGCACUGGAGGCAUCCUGAGCAUCCUUGCUGGCUUUUGUUGCAUGGUCGCGUGCUCCUGGUACGCAAGCAGGGUGGUGGAGGACUUCUACAACCCGCUAUUCGCCGGUGUCAAGUUUGAAAUGGGCGUGGGACUCUACCUGGGAUGGGGAGGCUCCUGUUUGGCCAUACUAGGUGGUGGCAUGCUUUGCUGCGCCUUCAAGAGAGCGUCGGCUGGCAAGACGAAAAGCGGUAUCUACGGAAACAGUCCACCACAGAAGGUGUACAAGCCUGCAGCAAAGUCAGAGGCAGACUCGGCCAGAGCUUACGUCUGAAAACCCACACACACACACACACACACACACACACACACACACACACACACACACUCUUUUAUUUGUUACCUUCUUGAGACCUCAGAAAAAUGCCUACCUCUUUAGGACCACCCUUUCCAGAUAUAUAAAGAUUUGUAUUUACAACAUUAAUAAUAUAUACAUACUAUAUGCAAAUAUAAAAAAAAGCCUGUUGUGAAAAUUUUGUUCGAAUUUCACAAGAAAAACGUAGAAUUUUGACAGGGACAAGCGGUAGAAAAUGGAUGGAUGGACGGAUAAUAAAAGUCGUCAUUUUACUCGACGCAAGUCAAAAUUUUACAACAAAAAACUGAACAUUCGUGCAAUAUUAUGAUAAAAGUCGCAAUUUUACAAGAAAAGCAUAACCUUUUGGC